ACCCGCUCCUGUUUUUACACCAACCCAGCUGGACUCCAUGUUGUUCCGUCAGCCACGGGGAGAGCAAGUGCCCUGACCGAAAACUCACGUUGCAACUCUGUGUGUCAGAAAGUGGAGUGUGUGUUUGUGUUGACCCUGGAGAAGAAGAUGGCAGACUACAGGGAAGACACCGGGGCUAGAGCCCUGCUAGCUUUACAGUCGGCUCCGUGCAGCCCCGUACGCGUUGCGGUGACCUCUCACGCGUUUCACCAGCCGUCGCUUGCCCUCUUGGGCCCUCCAAUGAUGGAUGCCCGCACCGACGCCGGCCUUUUCCCUGCUCGGCUCUCCUCUACGCCUCCACGGGCCCUGGCGAGGCUCGAGGGCCGAGACUUUGAGUUUGUCAUGCGCCAGAGAACGGUCACCAUCGGCCGGAACUCGUCUCAUGGCUCAGUGGACAUCAACAUGGGUCACUCGAGCUUCAUUUCAAGGCGACACCUGCUGAUAAGUUACGAUGAAGCCAGCGGGUUCUCGCUCCGCUGCCUGGGCAAGAACGGCGUCUUCGUUGACGGAGUGUUCCAGCGAAGAGGGGCCCCGCCGCUGUCGCUGCCGAGAGAGUGUGUGUUUCGUUUUCCCAGCACCGUAAUCAAGAUCCAGUUCAUGUCAUUCCUGGAUGCUGAGGAGCACAGAGAGACGGAGCAGCCCUCUCCGCCCCCUGCACCCCUCCUGCCCCGCAUUUCCCCUCUGAAAAUCAGCAUUCCCACUGCUCAGCAGCACGAAGAGCACAUCAGGGCGUUCAGCUCGCCGCUUCCCUCGCCCACCGGCACCAUCAGUGUUCCUAACUCAUGUCCAGCCAGUCCACGAGGAGCAGGGUCGUCAGGGUAUCGCUAUGGACGCAAUGUGACCUCUGACCUCCAGUUAGCAGCUGAAUUUGCUGCCAAGGCUGUUUCCGAGCAAAGACGAGGCCUGGCGGAGCAGAGAGGCGGAGGGAGUGAGCAGCGAGGGGAGGCAGCUGGAGGAGACAGCCCCAAGGAUGAGUCCAAACCUCCUUAUUCGUAUGCGCAGCUAAUAGUCCAGGCUAUCUCCUCAGCUCCAGACAAACAGCUGACUCUCAGCGGCAUCUACGCCCACAUCACUAAACACUACCCAUACUACCGCACUGCAGAUAAAGGCUGGCAGAACUCGAUCAGACACAAUCUGUCUCUCAACCGUUACUUCCUGAAAGUAGCCCGUUCCCAGGAUGAGCCAGGGAAAGGAAGCUUUUGGCGCCUGGAUUCUGCCUCUGAAACCAAGCUGGUGGAGCAGGCCUUCAGGAAAAGGCGACAAAGAGGAGUGGCGUGCUUCCGGACGCCUUUCGGCCCUCUGUCUUCCAGAACAAAGAGUGCUCCCGCAUCCCCCACCCAUCAAGGACUUCUUUCUCCUUCCUCCAGCGGGCUGCAGACUCCAGAGUGUCUGAGCCGAGAAGGCUCGCCUGUCCCUCAAGACCACCAUGAACAGCUAGUUAGCAAACUGGCCUCCGUACCAGAGUACCGGUACUCUCAAAGUGCCCCUGGUUCUCCAAUCAGUGCUCAGCCUGUCAUCAUGGCUGCCCCCGCCCAUCCAUCCGUCCUGAAUUCAGGCCCAGGCAAAGCCCUUACAAUCCUCUCAGGUGGUGUCGGGCAAGCCCAGCCCAUCCAUGUGCUUCAAACCACCCCUCAGUCCUCUGUCACCAUGGUGCGGGUGGUCACCAGCGCCCCGCAGUCUUCCUACCCUUCAAAUGGAUACAGCACCCCUGUUGGUGGAGGACUAGAAGGGAGCAGUGAUAUCAGAGUCGUUUCCUCAGACGCCCAGCUGAGCCGCGAGCGGGUCAUCCACACGGUUGACAGCGCAGUGCAGGGCGGGGAGGGACGCCACCUUACCCCCGGUUUACACCAGCUUCCUGUUCGCCCCGUUACUCAAAAUGGCAAACACACCAUGGCUGCUGUUUCCAUGGCAACCAGCCUUGCCAAUGCAUCUGUCCUGAACAGUCCUCUACAGAUCUUGGCAGCUCAGGCCUCCAGCUCUCCUCCGGUUCUGGUGACCAGACAGCCUCCAGCUAGUCAAUCCAGCGAGCCCCAGGCCAAGCGGCUGAAAAUGGAGGUGGAGGGAGACGGCGAACCUGCUCAGCAUCAAGUCCCACCCACCCAGCAGCCUGUCAUCGUCGCCAUGGCAUCACAAAACCACGAUUCCAGGCAAUAACACCAAGGACCUUUAUAGUUGGUAGAAAAUGGACAGCCUCUGUUGUAUCUUGAUGCUUUGCCUUUCACAACAGGUGGAUAUGACUGUAACUGUCAUGGCUAAAACACAGAGGCAGGUUGUCUCAGAAGGGAAAUGAAUCAUUAAAUAAAAAACGUUGGUUCAAAGUAGGUGAAACCUUUAAAUGUUCUCAAUUUAAAAAAAAAACAAGUACGUACUUUUCCAUCUUUUGUGUGUGUUCCACAUUUCACUGACAGGUGCAUCUGAGACGGGUAUACCUACCUGUUUUGAAGCUUUUACCAUGUCAGGUUUUGGCGGCCUUUUGCCCCACAAACAGCUCCUUGUGUUGAUAAAUGACAUGGACUGCAGGCCAAAAAAACCCACCUUCCCACUGUUUUCUGCUCUGAUCAGCAUCACUGCCGCUUUCUAAGUGAGCCGCGGCCUGAGAGGCCUGUGGGAGCUGGGACGCCACACCAAACCUGAAGAAAAGGUUGGAGCUGCAGCCCCUGCAGAAACUGCUUGAAUACGACUGUGGCUAUCAGAAGGAAAAUCUGUUUAUGAAAUGACACAUAAAAAAGAUAGAAUGUGUUUUCUCAGUCAUUUGAAACGUAAUACUAAAGCCAAGACUAGACUGUAAAACAUCACUUGCCUUCUUUGUUUGUGGAGUUACUGGGCGUUUCAGGAAGCAGAUGUUGGCAAUUUGACGCUGCUGCAGCUGCUCAGUCGCCACUGUGAGGCCAGAGUCAGGAUGAUGGGCGCCAAAACACAGCAGCUUUAUGCAGAGGUCACAAAAUAAAGAGGGCUGAUUUGACUGAAGUGGAGCUAACCUAAUGUUGACACGCUGAUUGUUUUCAUGUUUUCUGUUUUUUUUUUGUAGUGGUAUAAGGAAGUGAAACAGCCUGUUCAUACAGCUUAGAAAAGCAUAAUAAUUAUCCUUAAUGCCUUAAAUGGUUAUUUUUUUUAGCUUCAGGUUUAAAGUAACAUAGCGCUUUAACAGCACAAGAUCAGCAACACUACUAUGAUGACAGUUCUGUUGCAUCAGUUUUAGUAGGGUAAGGGGCGGGACCAACUCAUACCUGCAGACUCUGACUUCAUCUUUCUGUCUCUGUUUUUACAGUCGAGCCGUCACAGACUCGCUUUAAUUAGACCUUCUCUAGCACUUUCCCCCCCGCUCUGUUCUGUUGUCCCACUGCCUUUAGCGUUUUCGAAUGUACUUUUUUUUAUCAUUUGGUGAUCAGGCACACAAAUUCAAUAAUUAUUGUUGCACAUUAGAAGAAAAAAAGAUGCAUAAUGAUUGUAUUCUGCUCUAUUUGCUAAAUGACAAAGCUAUUUAGAAGGUAUUUUUUUCUUUUUGAGAAAAAUCUAUUUUGCUAAAUGUAAAAACUGUCUUUAAUACGUAAACAUUCUGGGAAUAGAGAAAUAUGUAUUUUUAAAUGUUCCUGUUAUUGUGAUUUCUUCAAACGUGUAGCACAAAUUAAAAUUCCUCAUUGUCAUAUCG